AAACCCAAAAAAUGAGCACCUCAAAGGGUAGUAACGUAAGGAGACGGCCACAGAAACACCAAAAUAAAACUGCUUUCAAGAAUGAUUUACACGAUACGAGUCGUAAAACAAAAUUUUUAAACUCACUUGAGAUAACUGGUGUCUGCAAACGUUGCAAGGAUAUACUCGAAUGGAAGAUAAAAUAUAAAAAGUAUAAGCCAUUAACAGCACCGAGAAAAUGUGUGGGCUGUGAGCAGAAAACAAUAAAACAUGCUUACCACAUGUUGUGUAACAAGUGCGCUUUAGAGAAAACAUUGUGUGCGAAAUGCUGCAAACCAGUUGAGGAUCAGGAUUCAUCAGCUAUUGAAGAGACCCAAAAUGUAGAUUUAAAAGCUAUGUUAAAAGAUCUACCAGAAAGGAAACGGCGGACAAUUAUGAGGUUAAUAAACAAACAAGAUGAAGGUCAGCAAUUGACCCCAGAAAUAAAGGCACAGAUAGAUGAUAUGCUUUUGAAGAUGGACAGCAUUGCCUUAGAUGAUGAUGAUUUCAAUUUUAGUGAUGGUGAUGAUGAUGAAUAUAACUCAGAUAGUGAACCAGAAACUAAAUAAAUAAUAACAAACAACACAUUUGUACAUCAAAUAAUUGCUUUUGAAAUAUUAGCAAU